CGCCGAGCUCUCGGGCGGCUGCAGUACCGCUCGCUUCCACCAGGGGGCGCCCGGAGCUGAGGCGCGACCCGUGGGAACCGGGCUGCGCGUCGCCAAAAAUGAGCUUUCCCGGGUUUUUAGUAGGACUCUAGAAUGUUAGUUUAGAGGGCUGUCGUCUGGGUGAAGACUUUUCUGAAGCUCCCUCGGAGCUGUGGGCCAAACUAGAGUGAGUGAGAAAACGCUCAUGACCCAUACCCACGGAAGGGCUCCGAAACGCUAAUUCGCCAAUGCCAGCGAGCGGCCUGCCUGCCCCGUGUCUGUGCCCCACGCAGAGCUGGGUUUAUCAACAGCUCAUUUUCUCAUUCCCCGGCGGGAGGGCUCCUCUGUAAUUAGAGGCCCGCUCUCUGGUGGCUUCCCCCGCCCCCUGAAGCCAAAACAGGCUAUGGGACUGGUUUUCUGCCGUUUGUCUCCCGUCCUAUAUUUACUUAUGGUUUUUAUAGUGUUAAAUAAUUUUCUCCCACUGGGCUCGAACCCGUCUUGUUUCCAAGUCUUUAACCCCUCUCUAACAGUUUUGUGCACGGUGUUGUCGCAUGGUAAAAGAAAGGUUUUCUGCAAGCACCCGAAGUCGCCGACACAGGUGAUGGGCAUUCGGGCAGCACCUUCGGCAGAACUACAUUACCCACAGUUCCAGCGUUCUCGCGUUCGUACCCCCCACCCCCCCGAAAUCCCAAGCGCAAGGGGGUGUUUUCCUGAGAAGUAAUGCGCUCUUAACACAACCUUUCCCCCUCAACUGCCCUGUAUUUAAUAAAUUGUUUUGGCUCCAGAAUUAAAAUGAAUUUUAAACCCAUGUGAGAGACAGAUGUUAAGGUUUUUUUUUUUAUUCUACUCGUGUUGUUCAUUUGCACUCCCCUCUUCUUUCCUUUCGUUGCUCCUGGGCGAAAGCAAUUUUUAGUUCAAGGGGAACAGUAUACUACAAUUCUGGGCAAAAGCGGGUAUAAAAAUACUCAAUACAAAAAUGGUAACGCCAUCCUGUUGACGUGGAGGCCCAUGUACGGGUUCGGUUGUCCGUGUGGAGCCCCGAUUUCGUUUCUCGGCACGUUGAGAAAGAACCGCCUUCCCCCCCCUCGUUCUCCACGGUGGUACCUCCCGCGGUAUUUAUUCCCAGCGCGAGGCCUCUGGUUGCUCCGUGCUGCUCUCGGUUGCUAAGGAGAUCCUUCGGGCAGGCUGUAGAGAUGGCGCUCCUGGUGUCAAUCAUGGAGUCUCAGUGAGUCGCGGGCUGGGCAGCCCGGCCCAGAGGGGCGGAGCCAGCGCCACGCUCGCCAACGCACGCACGCACGGACCGCCCAACGCUUCCCCCGCCUCCCCCCCACCCCGCCGCCCGUCGCCAUGGUGACCCUCAUCACCAAACAGCUGCAGAAACAGAGUCUGGACGACCACACCUACCACAGAGCCUUCACCCUCAACCUGUCAGUGCCUGAGCCCCCUGGCCACGCAGGCUGCUGGACCACCUAUGGAUUGACGCCAGAGACCAGCUGCUGGAGGCUGUGCUCCCCCGGGCCCGGUCUGCAGGACAGCUCGGCCCUGGCUGGCGCGGCCCACGGUGCGCCUCCCGUAGGCGGGGGCGAGGCGACGCAGCAGCUCCUGGUCCCCAGCACCUCGGUGACGGACCUGUCCUGUCCCGGCGCGCCCCCUGCCCCCCCGCCGCCCCCCAAGCGCCACUGUCGCUCGCUGUCCGUGCCUGAGGACCUGUCCCGCUGCCGCGCCCCCUGGCGCCCCAGCGGCUCCAAGAUCUGGACCCCCGUCAAGCGGCGGUGCCACAGCGGCGGGGGGGCCGGAGGGUCCUGCCCGCUGCAGGGGCCACAGAGGCCCCAGAGAGCCCCCAGCUCCUCCCUGCCCUCCCCCAGCAGCCCCACCUUCUUCAGCCUGGCCCUGUCCCCGGACUCCCCCCUGCACUGGAGCUUCCCCUGGGAGGCGGGGGCAGAGGCAGGCGGGGGGGGCUGCUUCUUCCCCUCCCCGCCGUCCUCCUCCUCCUCGCCCCUCUUCUGCGCCCCCCCGCCGCCCCUCUCCCAGCGCCGCUUCUCCCUCUCGCCCGUGCACAUCCAGGAGGCCGCCGCCCGCUUCCUGCCGCCGCCCCCCGGGCCCCCCUCGCCCUCCUCGCGAUCUGCCUUUGAGGAGGCUCCAGAGCGUUCUGGCAGGGGGCUGCCCGGAGAGGUGAAGGCCCCCACACACUCCUCCACCCCCUCGGAGUCCUGGCUGCAGACCCGGCUCCGGGAGAAGGCACGCGUGUGUGAACUGACCCUGCCCUUCCUCUCUCCUCAGACGCGCAGCAGUGACCCUCUAUGCUGUGGUGACUGGGGCUCAGGAGCCUGCAGAGGAGGGGGUAUGUGUUUGGGCCAGGAGCCUGGUCUGGGGUGUCUCUUGGGGUCACACAGCCCUCCUGAAGGGCUUGGAGUCAGCAUCGGGCCCCUGAGUGAGAGCGAGGAGGAGGAGGAGGAGGAUGACGACGACUCGAAGAGUGACAGCGAGGAACAGCAGGGGGUGUUUGAGAGAGACUGCACAGAGCUGGACUUGACGCUCAUCGAGGAGAACUAGUGGAAAUCAACCCGCCAUGGCCUCCGCGACCCCUGACCCCUGACCCCUCACCCCCGGGAGAGCUCUCAGGAACACAGCCACCCUCCCCGUGGACCAGGGGUUUCUAUAACAACCAGAAUACUACUCUUAACGUUAACAAUAAUAAAAUAAUUAUGAUGCAGGUA